AUGGAGGCUCAUGGAAAUGCUCGACUCCGGCCUCUAAUUGAAACCAUACGGAGCUUAUUAGGUCUUUCACCCUUACUCCUCAAUCAGCAGUAUGUUGGCAGAGUGACAUGCUCUAUUGACAAAGAUGCCAGUCUUGUUGUAGCUUCCAAAGAAUCAGCAACCACUAACUCUACAUCAGACCAGCCUGCGUUCCAUAUCCAAGUUUCUCAGCGUUUCCUGCAAGAAAUACAAGAACAUGACGGACAAGAUCGAGCCUUGGCUGAGCUUGAAGGGUUAAUGGUGUUUGCUCUGGUUGCUGAACUAUGGACUCCUUUGUCAGAAGCACAAGUGCCAGAUUGGCUUGGAUCUGGCAUUGCCGACUACAUUCGACUUAAAGCAGGCCUUGCUCCACCACAUUGGAAUCGCAUGGAGGGAAACAGUUGGGAAGACGGCUAUUCUACCACUGCGUAUUUUUUGGAUUGGGUUGAAACCAAUGAGAAACCUAAUCUGGUGCAUGAGCUAGUCAAGAUGUGGUCUACCAAUGAGCUUGAAUCUAAUCAGAUUCUUCCAUGGUCACACAAGACUUGGGAGCAACUUGUUGGAUCAACUCUCGAGACCACAUGGAAUGCAUAUCAGAACUCUCUGACAUUGGAAAUAAAUCAAACACAUAUACACACUGUUUGUGUACCAGAUCAUGAGGAUGGCUGGCCCGCUUAUCAUCUGGCUCAUCAUGUUCUUGUAGAUGCUCAACAAGCAAGGCUUUUUCGCAGUGCGGUUCCAGAUCCAAUUGAAUGGCUUCGCAAAUGUCUCGAUAUAGCUCUGCGGCUAUUGUAUAUUGAUCCAUCUCAUGCACCUCGAUGGUUUCAAACAGUGCGACUGAUUCUGCGCCAAAUGGAUGGUGUAGCCCAUACCAUCCAUGCCGAUGCUGGCAAAUCUAGAGAAAUUCAUAUUUCUGUGCAGUAUAUUUCAAGCGUGUACUCUGGUCGCAAUAAUCAAUUAACAGAAUUGCAAUCGGAAUUGAAUGGAGUGUUGGUGCACGAGCUGGUGCAUGUUAUUCAGUAUAAUGGGUUUGAUACUGCUCCAAGUUGGUUGAUUGAAGGCAUUGCCGACUAUGUUCGGCUACAUGCAAAUCUUGCUCCGCCUCAUUGGAGAUGUUGUCGAGGUGGCAGCUGGGAAGAUGGAUAUGAUCGUUGUGCAUAUUUUUUGGAUUGGAAUGAUGCACAGCUAUUGAAACGCCAGCAAUACUCGAAUGGACAGCUUACCCAACAACAGAAUGAUACCAAGCUGCGCCGGGUUGUCCAACUAAAUAUGCUUUUAAAGAGCCGGAAAUGGAAAAAUAGUUUGUUUAUGGAAGUAUUUGAUCUUCCGGCUCUGGCUACAAUUGAGGAUAUUUGGACAGAGUAUCAACGCGAUUUAAAGAAAUAA